CACCGAAAAGACCAUGUUGUGAGCUGGACAGGUUGAGGGACUGCCGCAAGGUUCUUGAUUCAAUGACGGAGACUCAGGUUGAAUGGACUCCCUACAAUUCUGCUGCUGGUGCGUUGCUGAAUGAUCACCCACGCACCACCGUAAUCGGGGGUAUCACGUGCUUUGAUGUUGUGGAGGUGUAUUUGCCGGAGCGGACAUUGCGACAGAUUGGGUUCGUGAAGGCUAUUCCUCCCGCUCCUAUUAGACCAGCCAAGGCUGUCCGACCGGCACACGGUACCUACUACGUGACCUUUCCUUCUUCUGCUGUAUAUUUGGAGGCAUGGAGUAGGUUCCCCUAUAGUGCCUGCCUUGUUGAGCAGGGACUUCGUCGGGCUUCUGUUCCUUUUGAGGCUGAACCUAAUUACGUUGAUUGGUUCAAAGUGUGCUCACACCCGUACAUAGCCCCGGACGAAGGGCCUACUUCCGGUCCUGGUCCUUCUCAGAGCAGAUCUGAAUACGUGAGUUUUAUUAUCAUUUUUUUUUCAGAUUUUUUUUUAAUGAAUUAAUAACGGACAUUAUCCUUUUGUGUCUUCAGUUCCUGAAUGAAUGACCCAGUCGAUUCGGUCCACUGGCAAGACUACCUGCUACGGUUGCGGAUUUGAACCCCCGUCAACGACAUGCGUUAGAAAUAUACCUUAAUGAUUGUAGAGAUUUAUUUGAAGAAUGGCAAAUUUUUAAAGGGCAUGACCCUGCAUAGUCUGUACUGAAACUAUUUUACAUUAAUUAUUGCAUUUCUU